GCGAGUGUAAACUCUCGGCGCCGGGGCGGGCGGCGGAGCGCGGGCCAGAGGGUUGAGCUGUGCACUGCGUGGGGGCGCACUGUUCCGGGGACCCGGGCCCCGCCACCUCCUCUCCGCCCCCCGGGCUCUGUUCUUACUUUGGAGCUGUGAGAGGACGGGCAGCGAGAGCCAUGCAGUCGGAAUCGGGGAUCGUGCCGGAUUUCGAAGUCGGGGAGGAGUUUCACGAAGAGCCCAAAACCUAUUACGAACUCAAAAGUCAACCCCUGAAGAGCAGCAGUUCCGAGGAGCAUCCUGGGGCCUCCAAGCCUCCGAUAAGCUCCUCCAGUAUGACAUCACGCAUCUUGCUACGCCAGCAACUCAUGCGUGAGCAGAUGCAGGAGCAGGAACGCAGGGAGCAGCAGCAGAAGCUGCAGGCGGCCCAGUUCAUGCAACAGAGAGUGCCCGUGAGUCCGACACCAGCCAUAAACGUCAGCGUGCCUACCACACUCCCCUCCGCCACCCAGGUGCCCAUGGAAGUCCUUAAGGUGCAGACCCACCUCGAAAACCCCACCAAGUACCACAUACAGCAAGCCCAAAGGCAGCAGGUAAAGCAGUACCUUUCUACCACUUUAGCAAAUAAACAUGCCAACCAAGUCCUGAGCUUGCCAUGUCCAAACCAGCCUGGCGACCAUGUCAUGCCACCGGUGCCGGGGAGCAGCGCACCCAACAGCCCCAUGGCUAUGCUUACACUUAACUCCAACUGUGAAAAAGAGGGAUUUUAUAAGUUUGAAGAACAAAACAGGGCGGAGAGCGAAUGCCCAAGUAUGAACACGCAUUCACGAGCAUCGUGCAUGCAGAUGGAUGAUGUAAUCGAUGACAUCAUUAGCCUAGAAUCAAGUUAUAAUGAAGAAAUCCUGGGCUUGAUGGAUCCUGCCUUGCAAAUGGCGAAUACGUUACCCGUCUCUGGAAACUUGAUUGAUCUUUAUGGAAACCAAGGCCUGCCACCUCCAGGCCUCACCAUCAGCAACUCCUGUCCAGCUAACCUUCCCAACAUCAAAAGGGAGCUCACAGCAUGCAUUUUUCCCACAGAGUCUGAAGCGAGAGCGCUGGCCAAAGAGAGGCAAAAAAAGGACAAUCACAACUUGAUUGAACGAAGAAGAAGAUUUAACAUAAAUGACCGCAUUAAGGAACUAGGUACUUUGAUUCCCAAGUCAAAUGAUCCAGACAUGCGCUGGAACAAGGGAACCAUUUUAAAAGCCUCCGUGGAUUAUAUCCGAAAGUUGCAACGUGAACAGCAACGCGCAAAAGAGCUUGAAAACAGACAGAAGAAGCUGGAGCACGCCAACCGGCAUUUGUUACUCAGAAUACAGGAACUUGAAAUGCAGGCUCGAGCUCAUGGACUUUCCCUCAUCCCAUCCACGGGUCUCUGCUCUCCAGAUUUGGUGAAUCGGAUCAUCAAGCAGGAACCUACCCUGGAGAACUGCAGCCAAGACCUCCUCCAGCAUCACGCAGACCUGACAUGUACAACCACCCUGGAUCUCACAGAUGGCACCAUCACCUUCAACAACAACCUCGGAACCGGGUCUGAGGGCAACCCAGCCUAUAGCGUCCCCACGAAAAUGGGAUCCAAACUGGAAGACAUCCUCAUGGAUGAUACUCUUUCUCCUGUUGGCAUAACUGACCCACUUCUUUCUUCGGUGUCCCCCGGAGCAUCCAAAACCAGCAGCCGAAGGAGCAGUAUGAGCAUGGAAGAAACCGAGCAUGCUUGCUAGCAAAUUCUCCCUGCUCUGCAUUCUCACAAACUGCUUCCUUUCUUGAUUAGCAGAUUUAAUAAUUUACCUGAAGGGGUUUUCUUGAUCAUUUUCCUUUAAUAUGAAAAAAAUUUUUUUUCAUGCUUUAUCAAUAGCCCAGGAUAUAUUUUAUUUUUAGAAUUUUGUGAAACAGACUUGUAUAUUCUAUUUUACAACUACAAAUGCCUCCAAAGUAUUGUACAGUCUUGUACAGUAUCUGUGACCUGAAUUCACCCCAGACUUUGGCUUUCAGAGCAAGAGGAUUUUUGCAUCUGAGAAAUUUCUGUCCAUUUUUAUUCAGGGUAAAUUUGGUUUGCGAUUUGUAUGCCUGUGACUUCCUUGGAAAUUAAAUGUAAAAUUUAAUUGAAAGAAUGUAAAGCAACCAAAAAAAAAAAAGAGAGAGAGAGAGAGAGAAGGGGGAUGGGGAAGAAAAGAAGAAAAAGAAAUCCAUACUAACCCUUUUCCGUUUUGUAAAUGUAUUGAUUCAGUGGUACUGCCUUAAAGAUACAGUACCCUUUUAGCAUCAUUUAGUCUUUAUACUGCAAACUAUUUAAAGAAAUAGUAUAUUCCACAAAAGAAAAAAAAAAUGCAGCCAUUUUCAUGUGGAUUGUCUGGUUAGAAGACAUAACUAAUACCUUAGGUGCAGCUGCAAUGGAAGGGAGAUUUAGACCAAGGCUCUGAAACAUGGGGUCACAUCUUGCUCUUGUUCACUCUGUGCUCUGUUACAGUUUUCCUCAUCAAUGAGUAUGAUUCAGUUUUUCAUAAGAUAUAUUUUAUUUCGAAGGGGAAAUUCAUGUCCUUUCAAAGUAAAAUGUUGAGGAGCACUGAAAGUUUUCCUUUUUUUUUUCUCUUUGAUUUCACUUUUGAUAAGAAAACCAAACUGGGCACAUUUCUAAUUGGCUUUACUAUUUUUAUUUUUAAAUUAUGUUGUAAUGUUCAUUUGAUUUGUACAGAUUCUUUAUUAUCAUCGUUCUUUUCAAUAUGUUUGUAUUAAUUUGUAAGAAUAUGCAUCUUUAAAUGACAAGUUUUCAAUAUUUUUACAACUCACUGGUGGUUUUCCGCAUUCUUUGUACACACAUGAAAGAAAACUUAUGCAAGGUCUUGCGUUUAAAGAGAGCUUUGUGAAUAUUUUGUAUAUUUCAAUCUCACGCAGAACCGUUUUUCCACACAUUUAAGGUGUAGUCUUAAUAGGUUAAAACUGGCUUUCUAGAGAGACAACUUACAUAUUUAUUUUUUAGUGAUAUAAAACUAGCAAUAUUCUUGGAGACUGAUAACCAUAGCGUUAAUAUGCCUGUUAUGGUCAUUUCAAUUGGGGUUUAUUUCAGCAAACCUGCUGAAUUUUUUUUUUUUAAAGAGAGAAAUACUGUAUUGGCAAAUUACUGUUACUUGAUAACAAUGUUUUAACAAGCAGCAAUGUUGUAAAGUUAGUUUCAGUGCAUUACCUACUUGUAUAGUCCUAUGCAAUAACAGUAGUGUUACAUAUAUUCUAUUCAGGCCUAGAUGUUUUAUACAGAUGACAUAUAGUGUUAAGAGGCAGGCCGUUGAAUGGAAUUUCUCAGUGGCAGCCUACAGUUGAAUAGCAAGCAGCGUAAAGCAUAUCCAUUCAGAAUGAAGUGCCUUAAAUAUAGCAGUAGUCUUCAGCACUGACUGAACUGUAAUGUAGGAGAAAGUUUCAAGAUGGUAUCUAUAAUCAAGAGGAACAUGUAGCAUGGUGCCUACGUAGACAUUAUAAGAGCUUCCAAUUUUCUUUCAGAUAUUUUUAAUAUGAAAUAUAUUUUAGUGACAGAGUGCCAACUUCUUUCAUCAGGAAACUUUAUUCAGGAGGGUUUUUUCUUUCUUUUUUUUUUAAGAAAAACAGUUUAAAUGUCAAAUGUGAAUUGGAGAUGGGUGUUGGAGGGCUCAGAGAGAAGAAGUGAUUGUCAGAUGUAUGAACGGAUGGCAUACGUGGAAAUAAUCAACUGCAUAGUUCCCAUGGACAUUGCGCAAUGAGAAUUCCUGGAAACAUUGAUGAUGCUAUCAGUUUUAUAGCUUUAUGACUCAAGGGGGUAGGGAAAAUUAGUUCCCAUUCUUUCAACCCCCUUAAUUGUAUAACUCUUUUCCUAGAAUAGUGAUGCGAAUCUGCAUGAACAGCUAAUUGUACCAUAGUGUUCAUUGAUACAAUCAUAGCAUUGUCUGUUUUUCUCUUCCUAUUUAUAUGGGGGGAGGGGAGCCAGGCACAGAAGUCGAAGAUUGCGAUGGUCUGAUACUAGUUUUCUAUAGCUGAUUUUGAGAGGUCUUAAGCAACAGAGCAAGGUUGACUCACCUAUGGCCCAGGGAAUUUGGCUGGGUUAAGCCACCCUUUAGAAGGCCUUGUUGAAAGAAAGCAUGGCAUCUUGUACCACUUGCCCGGACUCUCGCAACUCCUGAGCUCAACAUCGCCUGCUUCCCUAUCCCCUUCUUCUUGAGAGACAAUUUCUGGGAGGAGACAAGUGAGCAAGCUCAGGAGAAUGUUGCAACCUCGGGAGUGGUUUUAUUUAUUUCUUUUUUGCCAAAUAGAGUGUGGAUGUGUUCUAGGGACUAGCUAAGCCAAAAGGCGGUGGUUUGGGCUCACUGUUUGUGACAAGAAAAAUGGUCCACACCACUCCCCCCACCCCUGGGUGCGGAAUUGUGACUCAGGGUUGGGCCUCCACAUGGAGUGACCAAAAUGCCAAACUUGUCCACCCGCCUCUGGGUAAGGCAAUGGAAAUACCAAACAUUCUGACUUUGCCAAAAAAACCAUGCAACCAACCUGGUCAUACAUAGGAUGACAAAAUUCUUUCUGGUUGUUUUAAAAUAAUAAAGCAAUAAGAACAAAUAAGAUACAUAGGAAAUUAAAAGAUAUAAAAUAAAGCACAAAGGAAUGCACUUAUUUUUUUUAAAAGAUGCACUGGGAAAAAGAUGUUGAUAACAGUAUAUUAAAAAAAAAACCCUGUUUCUUGAAAAAAAAAAUGACAAAUGACUGUCUCUUGCGGACGCUUGGUACUGUAAUGUUAAUAACUAGUCACCUGCUGUUGGAUGCAGCAAUAAUUUCUGUGUGGUCCAUAGCACUAUAUAUUAUGGAUCGAUAUUAAUGUAUCCAAUGAAAUAAUUGAACUGUUGUUCUUGAUAGCCUCAUUAAAGCAUUUGGUUUUUCACAUA